AUAGACCCUGUGCAGAGCUGGUGCUCAGUAAAUGUGGAAGGCAGGCAGGCCGGGUGCCUUGUGAUUUGAAAGGGAGGGAGGUCUGUUUACUGAGCACCUAAGUGAGCCAGGCGGGGCCUCACUGCCUCUUCACAGCCUCCCUGGCAGGCAGGGGCCCCAAGCUCUGUUCCAUCCAAGAGGAAACAGGGACUCCGAGGGGGGGCUGUGACUUGCCCAAAGUCACACAUCUGUCAGAGACCCUGCCAGGAUUUGAACCUUGGUCCCCAGCCCAGCUUCCUACCCUGGUGGAGCUAGCACAAGGGAUCACUGCGCAUCUGUUUCCUUCCUCAGCUGGAGAAUGGGGACAUAACGGUACCUACCUCACAGGUCCGGUGGCUGUGAGCACUCAGUGAGUUACGUCAGCCGGGAGUGCCGGCUGCGUGGGCCGCCCUGCAGCACGUGGCUGCAGGCCUGUGAGUGGGAGGACGAGGACGAGGCGAGCACGGGGGCCGUGUCCUCCAUGGGCAGCUUUUACCAGUCCGGGAGCGAGUGUGCAGUGGAGGAGAGCCUGAAGGUUAGGGCCUGGGCCCAGGAGUCGGCCACUGGCCACCAGUGCAGCGGCGAGUCCUCAGAAGGGCCUGCCAGCACCUUCGACUCGGAUGUGCCCCACGUCGUGCCCUGCAAGUUCAUCAUCUCUCUGGCCUUCCCAGUGACCGCGGGUCACAAAGGAAAAUGUUCAAGUUUGGUUGAAAAAUAUAGGAGACACCCUAAAAUGGACAAACCUAUUGCAAAGGUUCGCCAUUACUACCACAUCGAGUACUUCCUCCUGCCUGAUGAUGGGGAGCCUAAAAAGGUCGAUGUGGUGGUGUUUCCAGCCUUGGCCAAAGUGUUCCUGGAUUCAGGAAUAAAGACCAUCAGGCCAUGGCAAGAAGGGGACAAGGUCUGGGUGUCAUGGACCCAAAGUUUUAACAUCAACAUGACAAAGGAGUUACUAAAGAAAAUAAAUUUUCACAAAAUCACCUUGAGGCUCUGGGACACCAAGGACAAGGUUUCGAAAAAAGCCAAGCAUUAUCGAUUAAAACCUUGCGGGUUUCUGGAAGAUGCAGGAUCUUUUGAGGAGGUGAAACAUUUGGUUUUAAGUCAGAGAAGUUCGUCUGAACAGGGCAUUCACGUCAAAGAGAAGCUGCACCAGGACCGCGCACCAGGGAAGCCAGAAGAAGCAAGAAAAGGCUUAAGCUCUGGACAUGCAGAAAAGGCAACUCUUCCCAAGACCACUGAGAACUAUGAAGAGCUGCUCAGGACGGAAGAUCUUGACACAGUACAAUGUGGUACUUCAAGACCAGUCAUUUCUUUGGGAGGGGCAACCAUGACGGAGAUGAAGGAGUUAAUUGAGAGGUCGUCAUUUAGCAGCUUAACAAACUUGUUGGAAAAGCAAAAAUUUCAAAUUAAACGGAAAGAAUCAGACGCGGGGAGGAAAAGCCAGAGGAGGAGGGAGCAAUCUCGCGUGGAGACAGACUCCAGGCUGGCAGGCCACGGGAAGCAGGGCACCUUCGCCGUGCAGCUGGCGGUGAUGCCACUCCUCGCAGGAUGGCAAACUGUCGUGAGUCAUGGCAGUGGGAGGUCGGCCAACGUCUUAGAUUGUUUUUUGACCCUAAAAACAGAAGUUCCCCUCAUGACUGAAGAGCAAAAGCGGGACUUAAACCCCCUGACCAUAGAGGUCAAGUGUGUUUCCUGCCUUCCAUCACGGUCUGUGUCCUUCAGUGAACUAGAGCGGCUGUGCACCCCCGUGUACUGCAGGUACCAGUUCCACAGGACCCCGGUGCACAGGACUGAGGGCCAGCCCCAUGGGACCCACGUCUACUUCCAGGACGUCAACGUCAUCUUCCUUGGGGCCAUGCACCCCAGCGACCUGAGGGAAUACCUGGAGGGCCCCCCCAUGGUGGUGGAAGUUCAUGACCGGGACCGCAAGUCAGAGGGGUAUUCCCGCAAGCCUGCCCUGUUUGGGGAGGACCCGCUGGAUUCGUACCUCAACUUCCAGACCCUAAUUUCCCCGAAAGAGACGGAGAACAACCCCUUUGAAACCCAGGACAAGAUGUGGGACCCUUACGGGGUUGCCCAGGUCAGCUUUGCCGACCUCCUCCUUGGCCACAAGUACUUGAACCUGACCGUCCCCGUCCACAGCUGCGAGCCCAAGGCCACGCGCCUCGGCCAUGACGGCAGGAGCAGGAAGGUGGCGGGGUUCCGGGUGCCCGGAGACGGCCUGCGGCACGGCCCGAUGCCCCCGGGCGACUACCUGGAGGCCAGCUGCCUGCUGAAGCUGCGGGUGGGCGUGGCGGUGCCGCUGCGGGCCGGGACCGAGGCCCUGGACGCCAGCCCCACGGCCUCCCCGUUUGGCCGCGUCAUCUUCGUGUUCGCCUCCAGGAAGCUCUCACUCCUGCACGGCCUCCUGCAGGACGUCACCGUGAUCAACGCCGGGGCCCUGGGCCUGGACUCCUGCCCCGUGGAGGACGUCCCGCAGAUCCUGUCCGCCUUGAAGAUACGGGCGAAGAUCCAGGAGCGGCCGGACCUGGACGUGCUCACCGGCUUCCACCUGCUGGACGGGCGGGGCCGCCUCCUCAUCCUGGAGGGCUUGGCCGACCGGGGCCUGAGGCGGCUGUGGGAGAGCCACCAGAGCCGGGUCCCACGGGCGGAGCCCGGCUCCUACAAGGCGCUCUACAACUCGCAGCUGCGCUUCCGCCGCCGCCUCUACGCCGACCUGGAGACUGUCCCGUACCACGUGCGCCUGUCCCAGCCGCUGGCGCAGCUGGUGAAGCACGCGGCGCUCUACGUGCGCAACACGGUGCCGCCGCAGGUCUUUCAGGCGCUGAGCAGGAUCUACUGCAUCUGCUAUUACAGCUCCAGGCUCAGGGAGGUGAUCACCGGGGACCUGCUGCCCUCCUCCUCCAUGAUCAAGGAGCUGAGCCAGGAGUUUGGGUUGCCCAUUUCCCAGGAAGAUCUUACAGAGGGAAAACUGCUGGCUAUGUCCCCUCCUCUUGCCCCCAAUCUGGAGGACUUCCAGAGCCGGAAUUCCACCCUCACUUCUGAGAUCCAGGCCCACCAGGAGAAGUACCUGCAGUGGCGGAACACCAUGAUCCUGAAGAACAGAGACCAGAAGUACAGCCUGAUCCAGAAAAACAUCUCGGGGGCCUACGAGGUCAGCAAGAAGUCUCCCAAGUCCGUUGUGAAGGUGAUCAAGAUCUCAGCCCCGGCCAAGGAUGCUGUCUCUAACUACAGUAUCCAGACCCUGAACUCUACAGAGCUUGCAAAGAAGGAGCUGUAUCGAGAGACGGCCAAGGAGCCAAGGAAGAGACUCACGUACUCCCAGAGCCACCUGUCAGCCACAGUGGAGCCUCAGGAUUCAGAGGAGGAGAAGAGAAAAGCCGAGAGGAAGUCCCGCGACGCCUGGCUCACACCCAGUGGCUUCCAAGUGACCAGUCUUCACAGCACGGGCAGGACCCAUCACCUGGGGCUGCCACCCCCCGGCGCCGUCACGGAGGAGUGGAGGGAGAAGGCACUGUUUGCUAAUGUGCUGGAGCCGGUGCUGCACCGAGAGAGCUGGGGCUGGGACCGGCGCCACCAGGACUUCGAUCUGUACACGCAGCCGCCGCCGUUCUUGGAGCUGCCGCCCCCUCCGGCGCCAAAGCCCAGGACAGGCAGGAAGGUGAAAGGCAGUGGUCCUGUGUCCUGAACAGCAGAGACCCGCCCAUCGGAGCUGAGAGCACCGGCUAUGGCCACGGACACAACUUGGCAACCCCACCUGUCUCUGGGUCAGCUGGCGUGGACCCCGUGCUCACCCCCGACCCCCGGACGCACCCAGCCCCUCCCUUCCCCGCUGCCCGGCAUCAUUAAAGUGCAGCAGAAUGGCCCCUGCAGGGAGGCUGCCUGUGUGG